CCACUCGACAUCCCUCUUGUUCUUCAAUACCGAAGUUCCUGGGAAAUACCGACAACCAUGGCUCCUAUCCAGAAGUCUGGCAUUGCCACCGGCCUCAACAAGGGCCACGUCACCACCAGGCGUGAGCUCAAGGCUAAGCCCGUCAACCGCAAGGGGACGUUGGCCAAGCGCACCAAGUUCGUCCGCGACCUUGUCCGUGAAGUCACCGGUUACGCUCCCUACGAGAAACGUAUCAUGGAGUUGCUCAAGAACUCUGCUGACAAGCGCGCCCGUAAGCUUGCCAAGAGGAGGCUCGGAACUUUCGGCCGUGCCAAGAGAAAGGUCGAGGAGAUGUCUGCCGUCAUCGCCGAGUCUCGUCGUGCCCACUAAAUGCCAACUCAAUCAGUCGACACGGGCAAUAGCGAUUGCGAACCGCGCAUGAGGAGCAUUCACUAGGACUGUGUUAGAUAGCUGGAUGGAGAUGAUGGGACGAACUUGGAGGGUGUUGACAAGGCGAGGAAGAGGAUCUCUUGUAGCGUUCAACUACGUUUAUGAAUCUGUCUCGAAUGUAUAAAGCCAUACGAUCGUCUAGCUACC